AUGGCGGAGCAACAGGUGGUGAGGGGGUUCCGCGCACCUCGUCGUCAGACUGGUAGAGCAUCCACUGGUGUUGCGGAGGAGCAAGUGGCUCAGGUUGAGGUGGCAGAGGUUAAGGAGCCGGUGCCUGAGGUCGGGGAGCUGGUGGCUAUUGCUGAGGUGCCGGUGCCUAUUGCUGAGGAAGGGGUUGCUGAGGAUCCGGAGCGGCUGGUGCUGGAGAUAGACACCACCACCGGUGCAUCUACGGAGCCAUUAGUACACACUGAUGGAGCUUACUACGGAGGACCUUCUGACAGGUCCGUGUUAACAGGAUACGCUGACCAUGUCGCUUAUAGGAUAUGGCAGGGUGAGGAGGAUAGUUCGGGACUUCCAUAUGAUGGACUUUGCUGGAUGCUCCCUGACGAUACUGGACGCCUCUCUAUUAUUGAGAGGUGGCACCCAGAGACACCAUCCUUCCAUCUUCCAUUUGGGAAGAUGACAGUGACUUUGGAUGAUAUGCAUUCUCAAUUUCACCUUCUGAUUGCUGGUAUGUUUUUCACACCAGUUCAUAGGGACCAGGUGACGGCGGUGGACAUGGUGAUGAAGGCUUUUGAGAUUGAUGAGGUGGUUGUGCUUAAGGAGCAGGUGACGGCGGUGCACAUGGUGAUGAAGUCUUUUGAGAUUGAUGAGGUGGUUGUGCUUAAGGAGUUUGGUGAGACUCAUGGCUUUCACCUUAGGAUGUUUUGGUUGAGGAAGAUUUAUCAAGAGCUUGCCGAUGCAGGGAGGUACGAGGCUGCUGCUAGGGUGUACAUGCUACAUCUAGUAGCAUGCACUCUCUUUGCAGACAAGUCUCGAGUUUAUAUUGAAGUCGGCUAUCUCUCUCUAUUUAGCGCCCUUGACACCCCAUGUUGGGCUUGGGAAGUGGCGGCAUUGACGCUGAUGUACACGACGCUUGAUGACGCAUCUUAUCCUGACACCAGACAACUUGCUGCUGCUGACCCAUGCGCGAAGAGGUGGAAGGCCAAACAGGCCAUUCCAGGAGGAUUGGUUGAGUACACGCGGAGGCUGGAAGCUCUGACGCUGGAUGAUGUCAUUUGGACACCAUAUGCGGAUCACCACGCUCAUUGUCCUUUUGAUGUAUCUUCCUUAUAUUUAGGGUGUGUCAGAUGGGAGAGCCAUGUGGCUAUACACGUACCUGAGAGGUUUCUACACCAGUAUGGUUAUAUACAAGGCAUCCCAUGUCAGGUCCCAGAGGCUCUAGCUGGUGGCAUUGAAGGAUGGAUCACGCCAUCUGCCGCAGCAUCUGAUGUUCCAGGGCCUUCACGUACCAAAGUUUCUUCUGAUCCACCACCAUCACCUCCACCUCCCGCAGGUGAUCAAGACAGCCGCCUGCAGUUCAUCACCGUAAACUUAGAUAGCCUCAUGGGUUUGGUGAACCCUAAUGGUGAGUUUCAUAGUAUUUUAGCUAGGUUUGUCGAUGUUGCCCGUGGAGGACCUAUGUAG